UGUCGUCCACACACAACCUUGUCACGCCUCAACAGUUAGUUAACUGGCAACCUACACCUACACCUACACUCUCUGUCUGUCCACUGUACAUCUCCGUCGCCAUCCUGCAACCCCCUCUCCUCCUACCUCCUCCCCCAUAGUUGCUGCUAUAAAGGCCAGACCAUUGUGUGCCAUUGAGAUCCCUCCUCCUCUAGGAAUCUCUCUAGCUUUCGAGCUCUGUUCAGCUUCUUGAUUCGCCCAGUCCAUCCAAGUAGAGAGCGAGAGCGAGAGAUCAAUACAAAUUAUACAAUGGGGUUCCCGGCGGUGUACUCGGAGAUGCCCAGGCUGCUCCUCAACCUGCUCUUCCUGCUCGGCCACCUGCGCCGCCUCUCCUCAUGGCUGCUCCGCCUCGUCGGCGCCGGCGUCGACCAAGACCUCAGCUUCGACUACUCGGACGCCGCCUACUUCGCCGACCACCACCAUCAGCACCACGGCCACGGUCUCGACGAGCUGGAGGAGCACUCUCCGUCCGUGCGUUUCGACGCGCUCUCCGCUGCUUCCACCGGAGAUGACCCCACCCCGCUGCUGCCGGAGGGCUGCGCGGUGUGCCUCGGCGACUUCCACGGCGCCGCCCGGGUGCGCCGGCCGCGCGCGUGCCGGCACGUCUUCCACCGCGGGUGCCUCGACCGCUGGGCCUCCCACGGCCACCGCACCUGCCCGCUCUGCCGGGCGCCGCUGCUCCCUUCGCCGACGACGGCGCCCGUCCUCCUGCCGCUCCCGGCGUCGUGAUUGGUUCAGACAUCAGAGCAAGCUGAUUCAGGGUGCUGUUUGCAUAUAUGUUCGGCGACUAUUCUUACGGGAUCCUGAGGAGAGGGUUCCCAAUUUGUCGCUUCCAGUUGGGUUUUUAUGCAAAAACGAGCUCAACCGGUCAGAGCACGGCAAGGGCAAACGAGGCCCAUUAGUGGAGAGGCGUCGAAAUAUUUUCCGAUGGCCCCUCCCCUCGCUUGGAGAGAUUAUCACAAGGAGAUCCCAUGGAAGGGGAUUGGUUCCUGGUUUGAGCUUUGGUUGAUUUGGGUUUGGAGAGCAAAAUCCAUAAACCAAGACAAGACAGAAGAGGAGGAGAACAUAUGUAUACAUCAGAUUUAGAUUUCGAUUAGUGGAGGUAAAUAGGGGUGUGAAAUCCGAAUAUAUGCAGAGAAAUUUGAGAAACGCUUUCUCUCUGCUCACUUUUUCUUUCAUUUUUAUUCUUGUAUUCAGAUUUUUUUUUUCUUCUGUAUUGAAGCUGUAUUCCUGUCUUAAGAAUUCACCAGGACCACAUAUUUUUUAUACUACUCCUUCUCAAGGGGGUUGGAGAUACCUCCUGGUUUUUUGCUA